CCUCACCCACCGAUUUAAAAAAAUGGGGGAAAAAAAAAAAGCCCGGGAGUAAUAGCGAGCGACUGUGCUGGGUGCUGAAUGAAUGGAAGCCGCGGGGCGGGCCUGAGCGCACGGUGCCGUCGCCCCGCGGCCUGUUAAGGGCCCUCGCAGCCCCGCGCCCUCCUCCCGCCGCGGGCUGAGGCUGCAGCCGCCACUGCGCCCCACGCCGAGGCCGCGGCGGCAACGGGGAAGGUCGGAGGGAGGGUGGUUUCCUCCCGCCCCACACCCAGUCUCGGAGCCGGAUAUAUAGAGUGUCACGUUCGGGAGCCGAAAGACGAGAGCGCUUUGCCUGCGGCUGGAGUACUUGCCGGAGCCUCGGGGAAGGACCGGGAUUUACAGCACCACUAGUUGAACCCCAGGCGCGCCGGAGGAGCAGUUCCCACCUCUCUGGAUAAAAAACACCUACACUAUUUACCUCCCAGAUGGAUGUGAAAAAAUACUAAAAUGUGCACGUGAAAUGCUUUAAAAACUGUUAAGAUAAAGUGUACGAUGUGACAAGAGCUGCUGCGGUUAACAGCGAAGUCGUAUUGAUAGCAGAGCACCGAUUCUUGAUCCAUUUGGAGUUGUGAGGCUAUGAGAGCAUUGCUGAAAGGCCUUGGUGGAGAGAAAAUUCAGGUGAAGCAACAAUUGCGUUUGACCUAUAAGGAACCUCUUUCCGAAGCUAUAAAAGACAAGAGAAAAACCAUGUCCAUGAUUGCAUCUUUCUAUAAUGGCAAGUCCAUUCUCAUUACUGGGGCCACAGGCUUCAUGGGCAAAGUGUUGAUGGAGAAGCUAUUUCGCACCAGCCCUGACCUGAAAGUCAUUUACAUCCUCGUGAGGCCUAAGGCUGGCCAGACGACGCAGCAGAGGGUUUUCCAGAUCCUCAAUAGCAAGCUGUUUGAAAAAGUCAAAGAAGUUUGUCCAAACGUGCAUGAGAAGAUCAGAGCUGUCUAUGCGGAUCUCAAUCAGAAUGACUUCGCCAUCAGCAAGGAGGACAUGCAGGAGCUUCUCUCCUGUACAAACAUUGUCUUCCACUGUGCGGCCACCGUGCGCUUCGAUGAUCACCUGAGACACGCCGUGCAACUUAACGUCACGGCCACCCAGCAGCUCCUGCUUAUGGCCAGUCAGAUGCCAAAGCUCGAAGCCUUCAUACAUAUCUCUACGGCCUUUUCCAAUUGUAACCUGACGCACAUCGAUGAAGUCAUCUACCCCUGCCCUGUGGAGCCAAAACAAAUCAUCGACUCCAUGGAGUGGUUAGACGAUGCUAUUAUUGAUGAGAUCACACCCAAGCUGAUUGGGGAUCGGCCCAAUACUUACACGUACACCAAGGCCUUGGGAGAGAUGGUGGUGCAGCAGGAGAGUGGGAACAUGAACAUUGCCAUCAUAAGGCCCUCCAUCGUGGGAGCAACUUGGCAGGAGCCUUUCCCAGGUUGGGUUGAUAACUUAAACGGACCUAGUGGGCUCAUUAUUGCGGCUGGGAAAGGGUUUCUUCGGUCCAUAAGAGCUACUCCGAUGGCUGUGGCAGAUUUAAUUCCCGUUGAUACAGUCGUCAAUCUCACUUUGGCUGUGGGAUGGUACACCGCAGUUCACAGGUGCGCACGCAGAAGCCGGCUGUCAAAGAUUCGACCUAAGUCAACAUUAAUCUACCACUGUACAUCUGGUAACCUCAAUCCUUGUAAUUGGGGCAAAAUGGGAUUCCAGGUCUUGGCAACCUUUGAAAAAGUCCCAUUAGAGAGAGCUUUUAGGAGGCCAAACGCAGAUUUCACAACCAAUACCAUCACAAGCCAGUACUGGAAUGCUGUCAGCCACCGGGCCCCUGCCAUCAUCUACGACUUCUAUCUGCGGCUCACAGGAAGGAAGCCCAGGAUGACAAAGGUCAUGAACCGGCUUUUACGAAACGUCUCCAUGCUGGAGUAUUUUGUCAACCGGAGUUGGGAAUGGAGCACGCACAAUACGGAAAUGCUGAUGUCUGAGCUGAGUCCUGAAGAUCAGAGAGUAUUCAACUUCGAUGUGCGCCAGUUGAACUGGUUGGAAUACAUUGAAAAUUAUGUUUUAGGCGUUAAGAAGUACUUAUUGAAAGAGGAUAUGGCUGGGAUCCCAGAAGCAAAACAACAUUUGAAAAGGCUCCGAAAUAUUCACUACCUCUUUAAUACUGCCCUCUUCCUCAUCGCCUGGCGCCUUCUCAUUGCAAGAUCGCAGAUGGCUCGGAAUGUCUGGUUCUUCAUUGUGAGCUUCUGUUAUAAAUUCCUCUCCUACUUUAGGGCAUCCAGCACGCUUAAGGUUUAAGAACAUUUGGCAAGCUCCUUUUAUCUGGAACCUUUUGGAUACCUCUAAAACAGCAAACUGUGGUUCUCAAGAUUAGGAAGUAACAACGAAAAUGCCCAAGCUCAUUACCUGUCAAACGUGUUGUCAUGUCUUCAUCUGUUUCUUACCUACAUAGUUUUUAUUUCAGUGAGAGAAGGGAAGUCAUAUUCUAACCUAUAAUCAUGCAUAUCUUAGGAAAAAUUAUCUCCAGAUUGCUUCCUAACAUUCUAUUCUGUGCCCUUGAAUAUAAAACACCAAAGUACAUUUAUUCGUCCAUAUUUAGGUUUUUUUCUCUUGAGAGGACUAAUUUUGACUCAAUGAACAUGGAAGAACACAUGAUAGAAGCUGAAAUAUGCUAAAGGCAGGCAGUUCUAACCCUGGAACCAUUCUGGGGUACCCAGUAUAAAGGUUUAAAAUCAAGAUUAAAUUGAGGAAGAAUGAUCUUCUCAUCCUCAGAAAUACUGUAAAAGAAGUAAUUCUUUACUGAAAUCUCAGCUUCCUUUUUGUGUUAUACCAUGAAGACCUGACUGAAGAAGGCUGGGGGAAUUGGAACGGUGGGUUCACAUUUAGCACUUCCCUCAACUACACCCACUUCUGAAAUCUAAAAUAAUAAUAAUAAUUAUGUAUAGAAUGAGGGCUCAAGUACAGUUGCAUUGGGACCAAUUAUGCUUUUAAGUAAAAUUAGUUCUCAUAAUUGGAAUCUGAAACCUAUUAUUUCUUUUUUUUUUUUUU